AAAUUGGGCACUCCACACCGGCCUCAAAGCGCACACUCAACAUACUCUCUGCUUCAGCUAAGCAGCACAAACACGCAUACAGCGCGAGACUGAGAGAGGGAGCGAGGCAUCAGAUCGAGAGCUAUGGCAAUUCCUGCUAAUGCUGCUGUCUCGUUGAACUUCCCGGUGAUAAACAUGGAGAAGCUUGAGACCGGGGAGAGGGGCGCGGCCAUGGAGGUCAUCCACGACGCCUGCAAGAACUGGGGAUUCUUCGAGCUGCUGAACCAUGGCAUCUCGCACAAAUUGAUGGACGAGGUGGAGCGGGUGAGUAAGGCGCACUACGCGGCGUGCCGGGAGGACAAGUUCAAGGAGUUCGCCGCGCGGACGCUGGAGGCCGGCGAGAAGGGCGCCGACGUGAAGGACGUGGACUGGGAGAGCACCUUCUUCGUCCGCCACCUCCCCGCCUCCAACCUCGCCGACCUGCCCGACCUCGACCACCACUACAGGCAAGUGAUGAAGGAAUUCGCGUCGGAGAUCGAGAAGCUGGCGGAGAAGGUGCUGGACCUGCUGUGCGAGAACCUGGGUCUGGAGCAGGGCUACCUGAAGCGGGCCUUCGCCGGGUCCAGGGGCCCGACGUUCGGCACCAAGGUCAGCAGCUACCCGCCGUGCCCGCGGCCGGACAUGGUGGACGGACUCCGCGCGCACACCGACGCCGGCGGCGUCAUCCUGCUGUUCCAGGACGACCAGGUGAGCGGGUUGCAGCUGCUCAAGGACGGGGCAUGGGUGGACGUGCCGCCCAUGCGCCACGCCAUCGUCGUCAACAUCGGCGACCAGCUGGAGGUGAUCACCAACGGGCGGUACAAGAGCGUGAUGCACCGCGUGCUCACCCGCCCCGACGGCAACCGCAUGUCCAUCGCCUCCUUCUACAACCCCGGCGCCGACGCCAUCAUAUUCCCGGCCCCGGCGCUCGUGGGCGCCGCCGACGCUGCUGAGAGGAACGAGGGCGAGGAGGGCACCGCCGUGUACCCGAGGUUCGUGUUCGAGGACUACAUGAACCUGUACGUGCGCUACAAGUUCGAGGCCAAGGAGCCACGGUUCAAGGCCAUGAAGGCAGACGCCGCGCCCAUCGCCACCGCGUGAUAACGCCGCGCCGAUCGAGGACAAGAAUAUUUUGAGACGUGCUUUAUUUUCUUUUGGGCGUGCCAUGUAUCCGGUUAGCUUUAUUGCUUAUCAAAAAUCAUGGGUAAUGUAUUUUCUAGUCCGACUCA